GAGUCUCUCGUCGUCCGUGUUCCGGCUGGCGCACGCCGCCCUUGCUUUUUAUUUCGUUACGCGAUGAGGGUGUAACGCGGUGCGCUCGCAAAUGAAAAAUCAUUUUAAAACAAAACUCCAAAUAAUUUCUUACUCAGCUCAGUGGAUUUCGAGGCGUCGUUUCCUCCUCAUAACCCGUGCGUCUGUUACAGUGAUUAUGAGAAAUACCGACACGAUCGCACUAUCGAGAAUAAUAAACAGUCUUGCACCAUCCGAGCCGGUCUGAUAUCGUGUUGUUUCAUCAUUAUUUUCACACUCGCAACGUCGCUUGUGAAGUCUCUGGAUCUAUGCUUUUUGUCAACUUUGAAUUUUAAUUGUUCACCAAGUUUUCCGCCUUCUACGAAGUUUCGAAUUGAGUCUCAGUGGCCCUAUGAUGGAUUUAACCAUUUUGUCUUCAGCGAUUACGAGCCUCGUGUGAAAAGAACUUUUUUGCCAUUUUUCUGUGUCUUAAUUAGGCAGUGUUGCGCUUGCAUUUACGAAUCGCAGUUCGCUCGGAUUGAGUCUUCCCUCUUGGCUACGCGUGUGUGAUUAAGAACACCGGAGUGAAACUGUUGAAAAACGAGCUCGUAUUCCGUCGUGCUUGCAAAGUUUUCUUAUGAAUGAAGAUAUUCUGACCCGGGCUGCUGAGAAAAGCUGAGAACUCCAUCGAGACCCGAUGAGGUCGUUGGCAAUGAUGUCGUCGAAUGCGCAAGCCCCCUGACCUGCCGGCUGCGAGGGAGAGGAGAGAGAGCACUCAAUCGAGCGUACACGAACGAAGGAACGAAUAAAGGCCGAUGUCUGCGACACCCUCGCACAGCCUCAACUUCCGGAAGGCGAUUGAAGAGAGAACUCGCGCAGAAAAAUUUCAGGGGACGAGAAUUAACGCGGCCUCGAAAAUUCUCAGCAGAAUGAUUCUGAGGAAUUGGUGAGAGCGGCCAAAGUGUAACCGGGUGGAAUCGAGAGACAUGUGGAGCUCGAGAAGCUCGAAAGGAGCGAGCGCGAAGCGAGCACAGUCUCGCAGGUGGACGUUCGCCAUGGCGUUUUGCAGAUUGUGGAUUAGCGGAUUCCUCAUAGCGGCUCUCCCUCGUGCGCACUCUCAACUCACAUGGACCCCCAUAUACAUCAGCGAUGAGAGCCAGGUAGACCUCUGGACGCAGAGUAACACCGGAUGUCCCUGCAAUUUCAACACGACGAGCAAGGAAUGCGCGUGUUGCGUACCCCGGGGAGGAUGCAGUUGCGGUUUGUCGAUGCAGCACAGAUGCGUUCAGUGCGGUCUGGAGAAGCAUUGCGCUAACAUGUGCAACGUGACUCUCGACAGCAAGGAAUUGUUUCGUCAAUCGGGCCGUGGAUUCGGUCAGAUUAAAUCGCCGUCCCUCGAAGGUCCAACAGUCUGUACGUACAAAUUUAUUCCUGACGUUGGACAACGAGUCGAGCUGCAGAUUUAUCGCCUCGUAUCGGUCGGCCAUCACAACGGGAAAUCAUGCGAAGGUGGCUGGCUACAGCUCGAGGGUGGAGCUCGAGUUUGCGGUGCCAAUGUACGCUUCCAGCAACCUGUCGUUCUAUUCUCCGACAAACCCGAGGCAACUCUGUACAUGCAAGUUAACCAAAACACAACGAGAUCUCAGUUUCUGGCGUACUUCAGUUUCGCUUCGAAUUCGAGCACCUCCGUUGGAUGGCCUGUGAAAAAUGGGAAGCCCGUCAACAAUACCGAAUGCGACUGGGUGUACGAGGACUGUUUGCACGAAGAUUGCGUCCUGGCGAGUCCGGGCUAUCCAGGCCUGUAUCCACCGAAUUCCCGAUGCCGCUACUGGAUCACGUCGGAGACGAGUGUCUCGAUCACAAUCACCUUCGUCUCCGUGCUGCUGUCUUACAACCAUUGCACCAACGACUACAUCGCCGUUUACACCGGUCCGACGACCUCGAGCACGGUGCUGAAAACCCUCUGCGGAAACGAGAAGAAAGAAGAGAGGAGAAUCGAACACGCCGGUUCGACUCUCCUCGUGGAAUUCAAGUCAGGAAACGAGGUGCCGCCUUACGAGUACAAUGGCUUUCUGGCGAGAGUCAGGUUCACUGAAAUAACAACGGAAGCGCCAACGACGAGCACGAUGGCUUCGACGACCGCCGACCUCAGUCCUGCAACGUACAACGGAAUGAGCAACAACAUUCGCUACGAAAAUCGUGAACACGAAGCCCGGAAAAUGGAGGACAACGCGGGCGCGCCGAGCUGCGACUUCGAGGUCAGCGGGGAUCGGGCGAGGGCCGGACAUCACGAUACGAGAAGAAAACUCAAAUCGCCCACGUGUCGAUUCGUACUCCGGGGACGUUCCAACGACACCGUCCACGUAGCUUUAGCCAGUUACAACCUCAGUGCUCCGGAGUGUAAAUCGAAGAUUGAAAUCUGGGAAGGAGUCGUGGAGAACGAAGCUUCCAUUCCCAAAAGCAGAGAACCUCUCAAGAGGAUAUGCAGUCCUGGGGAAUCAACGGGAGAUCGUUCACCGGUGAAAACCGACAGGUACAUCGAGAGCGAGCAUUACUCUACCGCAGGACCUGAUAUGACAGUUUUGCUGAAACGUGCCUCGGACGUCCCGAGCGACGAGGAAUUCAUGGAUGUUUCUUAUUACUUUCAUGACGAACGACACGACGGAACCCAGCAACCAGCGAGCGUUUGCGACGUCGAAUAUUACGGUUUGAGCUCGCCCAGCCAAGGCUGGGUUAUUCAUCCCGAGCACCGGCUGUUUGCUCGACAGGGCCCUGCCAAAUGCAAACAACACUUCAUCCCAGCUGCAAACCAAUCGGUGAUCGUCACGAUCGAGAACAGCACGCGAAGGGAAUUUAACGUUUCGUGCAACACUCUGUGCGGCGACAGCGGCUGUCGGUGCGUCAGCACCAAAUCAUUGGAGGAUGAGAAUCACCUGCAACUAGUUUCGGAAGGUGGUCACGUGGUGACCUGUUUGUGUGGAAAUUAUCAGAACUGGUUACCACUGAGCAUCCGAAGUUCCACGCCAAUAUACAUCGAAUGGUCGCGAUCGCCGCGAUCCCCAAACGGCUUCAACUUCCAAGCAGCUUUCAAAUUCACAAAGGAUGCUUACUGCGGGGAUUAUACGAGCUCGAAGCCCGAGGGGAUCGUCAAUGUCGUUGACCUCGCCAACGGCACUUCGAAGCUCAACAAUUAUUACCAAAAAAAGUGUACGUGGAUACUGGAGUCGGAUACCGAUCGACAGUUGACCGUGGAAGUCGCCUCGAUGCAGGACAGACCGUGCACCGCGUGGAAUUUAACGAUCCACGAGUACAAAGAAACCGGAGAUCGAGUUGGGCCGAGAUUGCAUACUUUUUGUUCCCGCGACAGACACAAAAAUUUCACUCUCCCUUGGAAGAUGAACACAGCGGUAGUAAGAUUACAAGCCCUCGGCAGAACCUCGCCUCAGUACAUGAUGAAAUGGCGAAGCGACACGGUGGUCGCGAAUACUCGCAAGAGUGCUCCAUCCCCAGCGCCGAACUACGGAUCCGGAUCGUCUGCAGCGAGGGAGUGUUCGCUGCGUCAUCGAGCGGUGGCGACCAUGGCGGCAGUCAUCGUGAUAUCGUCGAUCGACCGUUUCUCCACCCGAUCGAUACGAGCGUUAUAAUAGUGCGAAAGACAUUCUGAACGGGAAGGAAGGAAUGAGAAAUAGCCAGGAGGCGUAUCCCCGGAUGCGAAGCUCGGCUGCCAUAUUUUUCCAGUUAUUGCUCAACAAUUUCUAUGGAUUCUCGAAUCCCAGUUUUAUCGAGUCAUUAUUUCCUCGUUCGAUACUCCGGAUUCCAGUUCAUUUGACGAUCGAUUCAUUAACCUCGCUAGCUCGAAGGAUCAACGAAAUUUACCAGGCGAUUUGCAGAGCUCAAAAGAACCCAGGGACAACGUUGGCUGCACCGGAAAGCAUAAAAGUUGUAAAACGAAUUAGAUCUCACGGGCCAACAAGAAUUUUCAUUAAUGCAAUAAAAACGUUCAGUUUACUCAACUGCUAUUCGAUACGUCCAUCCAUAAAAGUAUUUUCCAAACAACCAUAAAUGUUCGGCCUCGAAAAACUUUAUUUGCCUCCUCCCCAUCACUGCGAAUGUUGCCCAUUGUGCACAUUUUUCCAUGUGCGUACCCCGCCGACGAACGCCCGUGACACGCCAGCACUCGCGUAUUUCCAUUUUGAAGAGCUAUGAAAAUGCGUUAAAAAAAACACUCGAUGGGAUCAACCUGCCGAGGGUGUAGGACCGGCCAGGGAGAGUUAUGAAAUAAAUAAAAGGUUUCAGCAACGUUACCGUGGAUACGACGAAGCGUAUGCGGUCAUUGAGGAUUAUGUUUUUGACUAAUUGUAGAACUAAGUAUAAUUAAGAAAAAAAAAAAAAAAAAAAAAAACACAGUUGACAGAGAAUGUGAAUUUCUCGUUUUCCCAUUUGUCAACUAAACGACGAAUCGCCUGGCCAGUAUUUUCCAUAGUUUUUAUCAUUUUCGCGAAUAAUUUGUGCGUUUUCUUCCAGUCAGCGUUGUACAUAAAGCGAAGAAAAAGGAAUGAAAUUGAAUACUUGAAAACGAGCCUACCGAGCACGAGAAUGUGAGGAAUUUUAUUGUCGAGGGACUCCCAAAGGGAAUUCGAACGCGACGAGUGUAAAUAAGAAGGAAGUUGAGUUAGUUAAGUAGUAGGAUUUGUACAGAAUACAAUUGAACUUUAUCGAUUAAGAAUAAUUGUAAGAAUAGUUACACCUUAACGCAUUAAGUUCAUGGACUCGAAACGAAAGGAGAGAAAAUAAGGAAUUCUGCGCGCCACACUGAAGGAUACGAAAUAAAUGAAUUUAAAUGAACGAGGACAAAAUAUAUGGAUGUAUUUUGAAGAACGAGCUUCGCGUGCCUGUGGCACAAAACGAAUACUCACACGUUAUUAAACACAACAGAUUAUUAUGAAUUAAUGAUAAAAUAUAGACAUUUUAGAGCGAGAGAGAGAGAGAGAGAGAGAAAGAUGAAUUUGUGCGCGAGGGAGUGACUGAUGAGAGAAAACAGAGUCCUUAAUAUUAAUUGUAAAACUACUCAAGAUAAUACGGACUAAAGAAAUAAAGCCGACUACUGGUACACGAUAUACAUUGAUUCAAGAGCGAACCCAAAAUUAUGCGGUACGGAAAAAGAAAAAAAAUUCACGCAAUUAAGCUCGUUAAAGAGCCGCGCGCGUUGUUUCCUUUGAUCGUUGAGCAAUUAAUUUCAGUCGUUAUGCAAAGAACUCUCGGGCUGAAAUGAAAUCGCAAAUGUUUGCCCGAUCGAUGGAAGCGUUCUUAGUCGCACGAGAAAAAAAAUGAAAAAAUGAGAAAAAAACAACAACAACAACCUUUGCCCAUCGCUUGUUCUCGGCCUCCUUACUGCAGUUAUUUAGAAAUGCUAUUUAUGGGGAAAAUAUAUUUGAAGCUUGACAUCGAUAAACGAAGAAUUGUUUUUUCCUCUAUCGUCGUUGAAUUGUUUAAUGUUAUAUAAAAUUUUUAUCAACUCGACACGAAAUGUUCCUACUCACGUUCUUUUAUUAGCAACUUCGAUUACGAACGAUAAUGGCGAAUUCGAAUGUUCCCUGGAUUUCAAUACUUGUGCUGCUUUUCGUUUCUCUUCUCAUCACAAUCCCCGAGGCAAUGAGGUUUCUUCAUAGUUGAAACAAUGUGACAUAUCAAAGGCUUUACGCUCGUUCGUUGUUUCUUCUUUGCCCAUUUUCUUCCUGUAAUGUGAAUGCUCGUAGAAUUGAGGAUGUAAACGCUCCAGAAUUUGUCGAGAGAAACUAAUGAGUGACGAUCAUUUUCCUGAAGUGAAAAAAAAAGCAAAAGAAAAAUGAAUAAAAGCAAAAAUCAUCAAUUAGUCAUUGCUUCAUAGAGGACUGAAAAAAAAAAAAAAAAAAACAUUAAAAAAAGUGCAAUAUGAAAUUCAUCGCAAUCAAAUUUUUUUUUAAUUAAAAAAAACUGUCCUCUCAACUUCGUUUAAUUAGGAAAUCCACCAUUUUUGAGAACGAAAUGUCCAAAAUAAUAAAAAAAUUUACAUACGUUGGGGUACAAAAUUAACAAAAUUUGUAAAAAAAGUUCCAACGCGUGCAUCCGACAUCCUCGAAGCGGAACUAAAAAGACCGAAUGAAAACAGAGUAGUUAGAAAAACACUUGAGUUCUGGUACUAACUUUUUAUCGACUUAAAAAAAACACGAAAAGUGAUAGCAAAAAGUCGAGCGUUAAUAGUAUAGACCCGUUUGAUUUUUUACCUCGUCGCAACAAAGAUGAAAGUCAACAGGUACUUUGUACGUCAAUGGGACUGAAAUCGAAAGAAAAAAAACGCAAGAAAAAAAACGAAGAACGUCUCACGUGUACUAGAAACCCAGGUAUAUCAAACCUGCAAAUUUGAUAACGAAAAGGAAAAUCCUUUUUUUAAUUCACUUUUACACAAAACACGGGAGAUCAUCCGAUCGCCAAUGUCACAAUAGUCCAGUCGUUACAGAAAUGGAAUAUCGUAUGUAUGUUACAUGUACUAGACGUUAUAUAUACACAUAUAUAUAUAUAAAUAUAUAUAUAUUUAAAAAAUAUCGGCGAUGAAAUAGUCAAUUGUUUUACAUAAAUGAUAAAUAAAGUAAGACGAAUGAGAAACAAA